AUGUGUCAAUCAGCUGUAUGGUUUGGUCUUUACCGGCUAUCAGGAGUGCUAGCCCUUUGGGUGCUGCUAACACACAUAAUGUAGCUUCAGGAAUACUUGGGCACAUGGCUGAAGGGACUUAAACUCUUCAUUGAUCAUUACACCAAGAUUUUUUACCUGUCCUGUGUGUGGAGCUUCUUGACACUGACAUGGGUGUUUCUUCUUUGCUUGUAUUCUUAUCGUUACAAUCAAAAGUUAGCAAGGCUCACCAAACAGGAAUACAUGAAAUAG